CAAAUUUGUACACAAACCAAUGGACGGAAUGACGAUGGGCAAGUAAUUAAUUGUCAUUUUGUCACAACUCCAGAAACCAAAAGGACAGAGAUGGACAGGCAGUAUUCAAGGAGAAGUCCAGCUGUGAAGCGUUUAAUGAAGGAAGCUCAAGAGCUGAGUGAACCGACAGAACAAUGUUUUGCACAACCGUUGGAGGACAAUUUAUUUGAAUGGCACUUUACAGUGAGAGGUACACCAGACUCGGACUUCCAGGGCGGGGUUUACCAUGGACGGAUCACUCUACCACCAGACUACCCCAUGAAACCACCAAGUAUCAUGCUCCUAACGCCGACAGGUAGAUUUGAAGUGAAUACCAAGAUCUGUUUGUCAAUAUCUGGACAUCAUCCCGAAACAUGGCAGCCAUCUUGGAGCAUUCGGACCGUUAUGCUUGCCAUUAUUGGGUUUAUGCCAACUAAAGGAGAAGGUGCCAUUGGAUCUUUAGACUACACUCCAGAGGAACGGAAACUUCUGGCUAAGAGAUCCCAGGAAUGGAUGUGCCCAGCCUGUAAGCUUGCCAAUAAAGCAAUCCUUCCAAAAGAAACAUCAACAGAGAAGUCUCGAGAGACUCAGAGAGAAGCCGCCGAGAUUGCUUCUCAGAUCAGCUUCAAGAAAGAAGAUGACAAGAAGUCUGAUGGGAAUGCUUCCAGUAAUCCAUCCUCAGCCUCGGCCUCAGCUCAGUCAGCGACUAAUCCCAGUACCUCGCCAGCUAAUCCCAGUACCUCGCCAGCUAAUCCCAGUACCUCGCCAGCUAACCCCAGUACCACUAAUCCCUACGUUGCGUUCAGUCAACAAGCUGCAGCUAUGGGAAUGCAAUUCCAGCAACCAAUGUUCCAAUAUCCACAGAACUUUCCAAAUCAACCAACUGUUCCUUCCAGUCAGGUGACCAACCAACCUAGCCAAUCAGAAAACAGCUCAACUGCAGCUAACCAAUCACAGAGCACAGCACCCCAAGUGGUGAAUAAUAAUGAGCUAAGACAACGUGUGACGAGUCAGGGUGCAAACCAGACGACACAACCCCGGACGGACCCCCAGAGAAACCCAAGGGGUAAUCAGGACAAUUCUGGAGGUAGAUGGGCGCUAGUAUUGAUGGUAUUCUUGACCAUUAUUAUGGUCUUGCUACUUUGUAGACGACUCUACGUCACAUAUGAAUAUAAGUUCCAAACUGGAGAUUUGUAAUGACUUCCAACACAUUGAAUGUAAACAACAAAAAGUAGGCCAAGUAAACCAUGCUUACCAAAAUAAGGCUACCUAUCAAACUACCAUGUCACAU